CAUAAAAUCGACAUACGAGAAGAAGCUCCAGAGCAAACAACAAUGCGAAUACUGGAUGCUUUGCGCAUUUUUCGAUACAAAGUGCCAACUGAUCCCGAUCAUCUGGCUAAAUUCUGUGAGGGGCUAAUUGUUGGGGAUAAAUUUUACAUAUAUCCUAUUUUGGAAACAUUGUUAAAAAACUUCGUUGACUACAAAAAGAGAGCCUAUUUGGCCAAGUAUCUCACGAAGGUUCAACUCCCUUCGGAUUUGCUACGGGAUCCAGAACUGAGCAAGCUGUAUUCAGAAAUUUUAUUUCCCUUUAUUUGGUGUUGGCUGGUUUUUAUUACAACAACCAAAACUGUCUUUAUGCCAAAACAGUGUUAUUUUCAAGCUAAGUCUUAUAUUCAAAUCACAAUUUAUGACAACUGUGUUCUCUUUUUGCAGCACGAAGUUUUGAUAGAAACCUUUAAAGAAACACACAAGCAAUUGGAGUUGCUAAAAUCAGAGGGCCUGACGACGUCUGAAAUCAGGAACGACAUCGCAGCCAUGGAAGAAGAAAAGGAUCAGAUUGUGCGCCGAAUCUCUAAGAUGAAAAAGAAGUUAGAAAUGUUUCCGACUAGCACCAUGAUGCUUGACAUGGCUAGAAAACUGCGAAUUGAGCGUGAAAGAGAGGGCAAGGUCAUGAGGCAGCUUCAGGAGCAGCGGACUCUGAUUUUCACCUUGGAACGAAAAAUCAUUGAGACUCGUCAGCAGGCGAAUGAUCUUCGUAGGAAAGCAUCAGACUGCACAGCACAGAGCCUUUUGAAUCGCCUGGAGGAGGAAGUUAAGGUUAAUCAAUAUCUUGCCACGGACAAGCAGCCCAAGGAGAUCGAAAUGACAAAAAUGUAUCUUGAGGACCUCGCACGAGUCGCGGGACACCCAGCGAUGACGCACGCUUUUAUCGAUCAGCUCAAUCAGAAGCUUAGAGAAGUCCACGCGGAGACCAAUCGACUGGUGGAGAAGCGUAUGGUGGCGUCGGAUCCGCUCGAAGACAAGGUGGGUCUCUUUCGUCAGCAGGCGAACAUCGCGGCCAACAGGAAGGCGUCGACAGCCUCGGCGCUUGCAGAGACCCGAGAAAAACAGCUCGCCAAGGCUAGACAACUCGAGGAGGUGCGGGUCAAACUAGCCAAGGCUGUCGAGGAAACUGGAGCUGGCGUCUCCAAGUCGACACUGGGCGCUGGCACCGACACCGCCUCGUCACUGUGCGUUCCUAAGGCUGAGGAUAGUUACGUCACGGCACUGCGCACAAAAAAUGCCACUUACAAGGAAAAACGGGCCCUGUUGAUUAAUCUUCGCGCUGAAAAAGGCAUUCUAAGUCGAACCGUGGACCUCCUCAAGGAGGUCGAGCGUCAGGCCAAGAGGAAAUUGGACUCGGUUGAGGCAUCACAAGGAAUGAGCGGUUAUUGGGACACCAUGGCUAAACUGGAAAAGGUAUCCGAAGAGACGGCAAAUAUGAACCAAAGAAAGGGCACUGUGCUAGAAGAAAUGUCCGGAAUGGAACUAACCCAACUGCAUGCCGACAAGAAGUCGGAAUAUGACGCGUUUGUAGCGAGUCGCGAUGCCCAGACGCUGCGUCUGGAUCAGGAGGUCCGCGUUCUACGCGAAGAGGUGCGUGUGGAGGAGUCACGCUACCACUACCUCAACGCCGCCCUGGCUCUGCUCAAAGCCCAGCAAUUUCGUCUUCAAGAGGAGAUGCGUGGCUACCUCACGACGACUGGUGCAGCCACCGGCGACGGGACGGCGACUGGUGUGACGAGCAUCACCGUGAAACGUCGAAGCUACCGAGAUAUGUACUUAAAGAGAAUAUCAGAACAGGAAGCCCUUGCUACGACAUUGAAGGAGGAACUAAAAGACCUUGAAACCAACGAAUCGGCGAACCUGAGACAGAUGAAGCUCUGGACGGACGUGGUGGCGAUUUUGGAGAGCAAAAUCGCCACACACAAGGCGGCCGAGGAGAAGAAGGCUGCUGGCGGCGACUUUGCCGACGUCCAGCAAAUGGAAACCGACCGUCUCCUGCUCUAG